AUGGUUUAUAAUACCACAUCUGCUGAGCCUAAUCUUACACUUCUUUCUACUCAGCUGACUCGGAAGAACUAUCUAGUGAAGAAUCUGAAGAGGUUUCGGAAGCAGUUGGAAAGAGAAGCAGGAAAGCUUGAGGCAAGAAAAUGUGACUUUUUUCCAAAGACCUUCGAAAUGCCUUUAGAGUACCACUUGUUUGUGGAAGAGUUUCGCAAGAAUCCUGGCAUCACUUGGAUUAUGAAACCAGUUGGCAGGUCACAAGGUAAAGGAAUUUUUCUGUUCCGAAAGCUCAAGGAUAUCAUUGACUGGAAGAAGGAUGGGGUCCACACAGAUGAUCAGAAAGAUGAAACGCAAGUAGAGGUUUAUGUAGCUCAGCAAUAUAUUGAAAAUCCAUAUUUAAUAGGAGGUCGAAAGUUUGACUUGAGAGUUUAUGUUCUAGUGACGUCUGUAAGUGCAAAAUGUCUCCUAUCUUUUUUUCACAGGAAGACUGAUGUUCAUCUCACAAACGUUGCAGUGCAAAAGACUGCACCUGAUUAUGAUCCAGAGAAGGGCUGCAAGUGGAUGAUUCAGCAGCUCAGACAGUACCUGACUGCCAAGCACGGAGCAGAAUUGGUGGAAGUUCUCUUUGCGGAUAUGGACAACAUUUUCAUCAAGAGCCUUCAGAGUGUUCAGAAAGUGAUUAUCAGUGACAAACACUGCUUUGAGCUCUAUGGAUAUGACAUCUUGAUCGAUCAGAAUCUGAAACCCUGGCUUCUUGAGGUAAAUGCUUCACCUUCCCUCGCUGCCAGUAGCCAGGAAGACUAUGAACUCAAGUGUCAUCUUCUCAAAGACACACUUCAUAUUGUGGACAUGGAAGGCAGGCUGACAGGGAAGGAGAAGCGUGUUGGAGGCUUUGACCUUAUAUGGAACGAUGGGCCUGUCAGCAGAGAAGGAAACCUGGAUACACCACUGAAUGAGAGCUUCAGGGCAAAUACCCAUUUAGGCUGCUACAAUGACAGGAAGAAACAACUGAAGCAGCUUUUCAGGAGUCUUCAUGCCCAGCAGAAAGUGUAAUGCUGACCCACAGCUUAGGCUGUGAGAGCGCACCAUGGAAGAAUCUCACUCUCCCCCUUCCUCAGACUGUAGCGCAGCAGUUCCUACUUUUUUUUCUGGACGCUUGCUGCCUCAGCAUGAGACUGUUGUUGUUCUUUGUUUGUAAGUUUAACUGUUACAGCUCCCAAGCUGGGAAAACCUUAACAAAUGAAUCUAUUAUCUAAACUAA